AUGCGGAUUUCUCUUGCCAUGUUGGCUUUAGCCGCCACCACCUGUCUUGGCCAGGAGACCUCUUCUCGAUCCAGACAAGCCCAAGAUCUCUACAGCUGUGUUUCUAAGAUCUUCUCCACAACGGCGUCUCAGCGCAUCGUUCGCCCCGCGGACGACACCUAUCUGGACGCACGCCUGGGCGAGAAAAUCCAGUUUACCGAGUUUCCGCUGUUGAUCGCCUACGCAGAAAGAGCAGAAGAGGUCGGCAAGCUGGUGGAAUGUGCCAGGAAGGCUGGCGUGAAGGCUGUUCCUCGCUCUGGUGGCCACAGUUUCACGGCGUUCUCUUCUCUAAACGACACUCUUGUGAUUGAUAUCGCCCAUAUCAACGAAGUCAAGGUUUCCCGGGAUCGUCGCUCGGCCACUGUAGGCGCGGGAAUCCGCCUGGGCGCUCUCUAUACCGCCUUGAACGAAUAUGACACGUCCUUUAUAGGGGGAAUUUGUCCCACGGUCGGACUGGCAGGCUUCAUCGGAUCCGGGGGAUUCAACAUGCAACAGCGAACCCAAGGUCUAGGAGUCGACCACGUUCUCGCGGCCAAGGUUGUCACUGCAGAUGGAAGGACUAUCGUUGCUUCCCCAAAGUCGCAUCCUGACCUGUUCUGGGCCAUUCGUGGGGGCGGCGGUGGCACAUACGGCAUCGUGGUGGAGUUUACGCUGUCUCUGACCAAAGUGCCUCGAUCCGCCAUGCUGCUUCUGAGCUGGAACAACACCGAGGCUCGCUUCCCUGUUGCCCGCCGAUUUCUGGACUGGGCUCCGAAGCAGGAACCGGCGUUCAUGUCACAAAUCAACGUUUAUCACGACACGGUGCAGGUGAUAGCCAUGCAUUACGGCCGGUCGGCGCAGGACCUACGUGGUCUCGUUAAUGCGUCUGGCUUAUUGGAUAUUGACCAUCCCGAGGUGGUCAUUGCCGGCGGUUGUAAUGUUGACAACGCUCGGACUUUUGGAUAUACAACCAUGGACUGCUUACCCGACGACCAGGUGGACGCAUCAAUUCUCAACGUGGUUCCCGAUCCAUUCACUCAAGUGGGCAAUCAUCCUCAGUUCCAAUACAAUGAGGAACGCAAGUCCAACACUAUAGGCCCGGCAGCACCCUGGGAGCGCUUCUAUCGACUGAGUAAGUCUUUCUUUGUACAGAAGAGCCGUCCGCUCAGUGAUGAAGUACUUCGAGGUGUCGUGGGCCGUAUCGGCCAGCUGGAUGAAGACAGUCAGAUCUGGGGAGAGUGGCACUCGUGGAAUAUUCCGCGCAAGACCCUCGGCAGCAAGAAUGCUUUCCCAUGGAGAGAAGAGGCCUACGCUCACCUGGAAUUCCAAAUCCACGGAUCGGAGAACCAAACCCAGCAACACACCUACGAGAAUUGGUUCGGAGAGUUGGAAUCCUUCCUACGCCCUGCGGUUGGCCCGGCGAGCUAUUCGGGCUACAUGGAUGCAGACAUCUCGACCAACCCUCUUGUCUCCUAUUACGGAGACAAUGUUUGCCGUCUGAUCUCGAUCAAGAAGAACUAUGACCCAGAGGAAUUUUUUACCAAUCCAUUUUCCAUUCCUGCAUCGGUGCCAAGAGGAAUCCAGUGCUAG